AUGGACCCGACAGUGGCUGCUCUCAAAGACACAUUGGAGAGUGACAAGGGCUUAAGCGCCCUCUGUCAAUCCAUGUUCGCCGAGGGAAAGGAAUUGGUUCUCGCGAAUAGGGCACAUCCAGGCUACCUUGAGAUAGAUAACAUUCCGAUCCUGAUGCGACUCUUGGACUACAUCCUAACGACCUCUCCAGAAUGGGAAGAUCUGGAUGUGCCAGACACUCUGGGUGGUCUUCCGUUUAAUCUUGUCUUGAUGGUCUUGAUGGAAACGCGCAGUGGCCAGCGCUUGUUCGGGCAUGAUCGUGUUAACCAGCAUCUAAGGACAAUCCUUAAAAAAUGGUCACAAUUCCUGGAAUCACCAGAGUCAGCCUACGUACUUAACUCGCGAGAUGGAUGGCUAUCUGAAGUUGCAAUUGCAAGAUUACAGAAGAUAGCCAACCAUCCCACGGGAGACAAUAAAACCUUUAUCGAUCUUUUUGACUGUCCCGAUCCGUCAAACCCGGACACCCUUGGAUUUUCGUCUUGGGAUGCUUUUUUCACGCGUCGGUUCAAACCGGGGAUCCGACCAACGCCUUCUCGACAUAUACUCUAUCCUUGCGGAGAGGGGGCUGGGGCUCCAAUUUUGAACGCUUGCGAGUCGUCUCCCUGGCACAUCAGCCGCCACUGCUCCCUGGAAAGCAAUAUCGUCCUCAAAGGACAGUCACAUUCCGUGUCCUCACUGUUGGGGAACGGCACCCUUGCACCACAUUUUGCCGGCGGCACCGUCUAUCAAGCAUAUCUGUCGGCCUUGAGCUAUCACCGCUGGCAUUCCCCUGUAUCAGGAACAAUCCGCAGCAUCCUCUAUCUCAACGGGAGCUACUUCUCCCAGCUUCCCAUGUCGGAUAUCCUGGCCAUGGAAAAGUCGCAGAGUUACUUAGCUACCGUUGCCACGCGCAUAGUAGUUUUUAUUGAAGCUGUCGACCCUCGUGUUGGGCUCAUAGCCUUUGUGGCAGUUGGCAUGGGGGAAGUGUCAUCCUGUGAGCCAUCGGUCAGCGAAGAGGACUAUGUUAAGGCUGGGGAUGAGAUUGGAUGUUUCCACUACGGAGGGUCAACGCAUUGCUUGGUCUUUAGGGGAGGAGUAGAUGUACGCUUUGAGCCGCUGGUCGAGGAUAAUCAGGGGGACUACCAUAUCCCCGUAAGAAGUCUCCUGGGUCGUUGCUCUGUGUAG